GAGUGGGCUCUCAUCCGUCUCACCCGCUGGCCCCCUGGCUCCUCCUCCCCUCCCUCCGCUGCUCUCCUCAGUGGGGUUGGUAUCGGCGCCUCUCCUGCUCCCCAAAAGAAAACAGACACACUUACUCUCCAGGACUGACUCCUCUCCUCUCCUCCUCUUCCACUCCCACUCCCACUUUUUCACUCUCGCUCUCUCUCUCUCAUUCACUCCUGGGCCGACCAGAGCAGAGUGGAGUAGAGCUAGAACAGACCACAGACCAGCGCCGCUCUGCCUCAACGGGAUCGUCUCUCUCUCUCGACUGUCGUCCCCUGCUUCGCCAGUCACGGGUCGGUCCGGUCCGCCUCACCCAUGCGUCUGCUGCAAACGGCUUCUCUCUUCCCUGCCCUCUCGCGGUCCAUGCUGGCCGCCAUGAGACACUGUCGGACUUGACUCUGAUCUCGACUCUCAUCCGAAGCCUCUCUCGCUCACUGCUGCUGGAUAGUUGCCAUCGUUUCAGCCCCCCCUACUUGCUUAAGACACUUCUUUCCUUUGUGGUACGUGAAGAGCUUCACCCCCGUCACACCCAGGUGAUUGACAGGUUGCAGUGAGGUGUUCUGACAUCUGGACGGGCUCUUUGGAAUGGCGACCAUGGGAUCAGACGUGCGUGACCUCAACACCCUGCUGCCACCACCUCCAGCGUUGUCCGCGGGCAACGGGACCGGCUGUGGCCCCUUACCGGUCAGCGGUGCUCCUCAGUGGGCCCCGGUGCUGGACUUCCACCCGGCGGCAGGAGGCCCCUACAGCUCCCUGCCCUCACACUCCUUCAUUAAGGAGGAGCCCAGCUGGAGUGCAGCCGCGGACCCACACGAGGACCCAUACUGUGGGAUUAGUGCCUUCACCGUGCACUUCUCCGGACAGUUCACCGGCACCGGGGCCUGCCGGUACGGGGCCUUCGGAGCCCCGCCACCCCCAAGCCAACCCACGGCCACUCAGCCCAGGAUGUUCGGCAACGGGUCUUACCUGUCCAACUGCAUGGAUGCCCAGCCUGCCUCCAGGAACCAGGGUUACAGUGCAGUAGCUUUCGAUGGCGCCAGCAACUACGGACACACUCCAUCUCACCACCCAUCGCAGUUUGCCAACCACUCCUUCAAGCACGAGGACUCUAUCGCUCAGCCAACCAACAUGGGUGAACAGCAGUAUCCUGUACCUCCCCCAGUCUAUGGUUGUCACACGCCCUCAGACAGUUGUGGGGGCAGUCAAGCACUGCUCUUACGGAACCCUUACAACAGCAGCGAUAAUUUAUACCAAAUGGCAUCUCCGCUGGAAUGCAUGGCAUGGAACCCUGUUAACACGCUGGCUUCUUCCAUUAAGAGCCAUGCAGCGGGCUACGAGAGCGACCCGAACUCGCCCAUGGUGUACAGCUGCAGCACGCAGUACCGCUUCCACACGCACGGCGUCUUCAGGGGCCUCCAGGAUGUCCGCAGAGUGCCUGGCAUCACCCCAGCCAUUGUGCGCUCGUCAGAGACCAAUGAGAAGAGGCCGUUCAUGUGCGCAUACCCCGGCUGCAACAAGCGCUACUUCAAACUCUCUCACCUUCAGAUGCACAGCCGCAAGCACACAGGCGAGAAGCCCUACCAGUGUGACUUCACAGACUGCGGGAGGAAGUUCUCCAGGUCAGACCAGCUGAAGAGACAUCAGCGGAGGCACACAGGAGUUAAACCGUUCCAGUGCGAGACGUGUCAGAGAAAGUUUUCACGGUCUGACCAUCUUAAGACCCACACCCGGACUCAUACAGGUAAAACAAGUGAGAAACCUUUCAACUGUAGGUGGCCUAAUUGCCAGAAGAAGUUUGCCCGGUCUGAUGAGCUCGUCCGACACCACAACAUGCACCAGAGGAACCUGACCAAGCUGCAGCUGGCCAUCUGAGGCUCGUCUCUGACCUCACACCUAUUGUACCCUCCAACUGAGCUGCCGGGAAACCUGGCAACACAGAGCCACCUCCUCUAUCUCCACAGGACCAAAGCAGGAGAGUCACCCAGCUCCUCACCUGCAUGUACAGCGCCCCCUACCGGAGCUCAUGCGCAAGCUCAGAAGCUCCCAGCAUUAUAGCAUCAGACAAGAGGGCGGCCAUUUUGAAUGAGGAAACUCCAUUAGCGUCCUUGAGUUGCUGUAACUCUUGAGAUGUGAGUUUUUAGUUCUUGUCGUUAGCAAUGUUCAGUGUAAUUUAUUAUUUUUAUGAAUGAAAGUGUUUUAUUCAGAAGGAAUUUCUCACUCUAUUUUAACAAGGUUUCUAGGUGUGUCAUUUUUCAGUCCUCUAUUUGUUCGGCCUGUCGUUCAGAUUUGAAAAGUUCACAGUACAGCUCUUAUUCAUGUUAGAACCAUAAGACUUUCUUCACUGAAGCUCUUCUCUGAUGUUUGUAAAUAUGCUCUGAUAUUAAAUUAUGAUUUGGUCGCACUGGCUUUGUGAUCCAAUGGCUGUGGUAGCUGAAGUUGUACAUAAUAGUGACGUUUCACAGCUAAAUGGGAAAACAGACUUCUAUUGGCAAUGUGAUUUUCAUAUUCAGCUUAGGAGAGGACUUGUAAAAAGUAUUUUAAAGGGUCCAGGAAAUACCUUGAAAGGUUUCAUAACUGUAUAAUUUAAACAUACCUAUUAUUGUCAUUCUCCUUUUUUUCUUAGGUAAGCACGUUUAAAUCAGCGCUGCCUGUUUUAUUAUUACAUUUCUGUUCUUGCUUUUGAGGUAUAUGACAACUGUGUUAUUGGUUUUUCUCCACUGAGCUUUGAAUUAAAGACUUGUUGAAGUUGAA